AUGGUUGCCAACAUUAAUUCAGGUGAAACCGUGAUCAACCUUGACGACACCAAUACAAUCGUCACGCUCAACCUAGCUGCCCAACUCCCUGCCAAGCUCUUCGGCGAUAAUUUUCUGACAUGGCGCGCCCAGCUCUUUACUCUCCUCCGCGGUCUCGAUCUGCUAAAAUUCAUCGACUGCUCGCAUCCUGAACCUGUCGCCACAGCUGUUACUGCCGUUCGCACUCAAUGGGUACGGCAAGACCAACUCAUUCUUCAUGCUAUCCUUGCUUCUGUUUCUCCAGGCGUCGCACCUUAUGUCUCUGCUGCGGCCACUGCUCGUCAGGCCUGGACUAUCCUUGAGCGCAUGUUUGCCAGUCAGUCACGUCAACGUGUCAUUAAUCUUAAGGGGAAACUUCUUCGUGAGACUCAAGGAAAUCGCCUAGUCUCAGUCUACCUUCAGGCUAUGCGCACUACCGUUGCGGAGCUCGCCCUCGUCAACGCUCCGGUUAGUGACGAAGACCUAAUUCUCCAUAUUCUUCGCGGCCUGCAUGAAAAAUUUGGACAGCUCGUUGCCGCCAUCGUUGCUCGGGACACCACUAUUCAGAUUGAAGAUUUACAUGAUCGCCUUGUUGAUUUUAAGGCGGAUUUAGCUGUUGUCCGUAUCUCCGCUGCUCCUACCACAUACUUUUCCUCGGCUAGGGGCGAUCUCCUCGCCCGUACUCUCAUUCCCGUACUCCUGGACAGUCUCGCCGCGGCUCGCUCACGCCCAUCUCCUAUGGCUAUGAUAACUCCUAUUGUCGGACGCCGAGUCCCCGCUCUCCUCGGCCUUAUCCUGGCUACUCCGCCAGUCCGCCAGCACCCGUCUCUACUUGGCCGACCCCAGCUCCUCUGUCAAUACUGCGACAAACCGGGUCAUUCUGCCAAGGAUUGCUACCGCAUUCGCGGUCGUCCUCAAGCCCAUCAACAACUGUUGUGGCCUCUUCUAAUGAUGGUUGGUUGGUGGAUUCUGCGGCCACAAAUCAUAUGA